UGUUAUUAUGUAUGUAUGUAAGAAUUUUUGACUGGAGCUAUUUGUGAUUUGUGUGAUGAUAAUAGAGCAAUAAUUGGAUUCAAGUUACAAUUUCAUAAAUUAAAAUGAAUUUUUUCCCGGAAUUACGUGUUUUCUAGAAAUAAAUUUCAUUAAUCGCAUUGAACCAGUCCGUAUCUGGUGGUAUAUAAACAGUUAUUUCCUUGAUUAAUAAUAAUGUGAUAUACUUAUUCGAAUAUCUUUGGUUUUUACUCUGAUAAAGCGUAUUAGAUAUUUGUUAAAUUGUUGUCGAAAUGUUUAAAUUUAUUGAUGUAUUUCUUUGCAUCUUUUACGUAUUUUGUUUAACAGUAUGUGUGUUCGGACAAGCAGUUUUCCCGGAAGAUGAUAAUUCUUGCUUUACGUCACGACGUGAACCCGGCCAAUGCGUGGACAUACGAAAAUGCAAUUACAUGGUAAAACUUCUCAGCAGCAAUUCAAGGAACCCGGAAGUUAUAAGUUACCUUCAAAAAUCAACAUGCGGAUUCGCUGGGCGUUAUCCGAUGAUUUGCUGUCCGAAUAGCAAUGCUCCAAAUGUUCGUGUCGAUAAUAAUGGAAAAGAAGAAACUUCGAUUUUUCCCAGAAGGCCGCACUGUGGACUCAGUAAUGUUACAAAUUCAAGAAUUGUCGGUGGUGCACCAGCUGUAUUAAACGAGUUUCCUUUUAUGGUCAUUCUGGGAUACAGAAAUUCUAAGAAUCCCAACACACCAAAAUGGCUUUGUGGUGGAACUUUAAUAACAACCAGACAUGUUUUGACUGCCGCCCAUUGUGUACAUAACAGAAACGAUUUAUACUUAGCAAGGCUUGGAGAACUGACUUUAUUCGACGAGAAAGAUGGAGCUUCACCGGAAGAUAUAAAAAUAAUUUCCGUUAAAAAACACGAAAAUUUCAACACUGUUGAAUUCACUAAUGAUAUUGCUAUUCUAACGUUAGAACAUGAACCUACAAAAGCUUCGAUAUGGCCAAUUUGUUUGCCUCUUACAGACCCGCUGAGAAAGGAUGAUUUCGUCGGUGAAGUAGGCAUUAUAGCUGGCUGGGGAUCUUUGUAUUUUGAUGGCCCAAGGAGUUCAACGUUACAAGUGGCUGACAUCCCAGUGAUCAGCGAAGAAAACUGUCAACGAUCGUUUGGAAAAGACACCGUGAUAGACAACAGAAUCAUCUGCGCUGGAUGGACCAAUUCGGCUAAAGAUUCUUGCCAGGGAGAUUCAGGAGGACCUCUGAUGUAUGCUGUUAAAGAAGGAAAAUAUUCUUGGUACUAUCAAAUUGGUAUCAUAUCCUACGGGUUCAGAUGCGCUGAACAGGGUUAUCCCGGUGUAUUUACUAAGAUUACCAACUUUUUAGACUGGAUUAAAAACAAUGUAGCAUAGUAUAGUAUUUGCUAGGAAAUGUUUUAAUAAUAUGUAGGCACUAAAAACAUAUUGCUUAUUCUAUAUAUUCUUAUUAAGUAAAUAUUAAUUUAAAAACUAUUUUUUGUUAAUUUUUUUGUUUUGACUGCGCCAUUUGAAGCUUUAAAAUUUGAAUCAAACUAUAUUAUGUAUUUUAAUUACUUUACAAUAAAAACAGAAAAACGGUAGGUAAAAUUUCAUAUAAUAAUAUUUUUUACACAAAAAUCAUAACCUGUAUCUCAAAAUAUGAAUAAAAGUCUGCU